UUUUGGGAUGAAAACAAAACGUGAUCAACACUACACACAGCAGAACAAGUAUCCAACGACACAUUGAUCAAAACCCUUCUCUCUCAUCUUCUUCCCCAAAACCCUCUUCAAUCCCACUCCGUAACAAUCCAAUUUCUUCAAUUUCCCCUCAAAUUUCACCUUUUCUUAAUACAUAUGCCCAAGAAAAGCGAUUCCUGAAAAGGGUUUUUAAAAUCAUAUCGAAUUUUGUUGUUGGAUGGCGUCUCAUAGUUGGAGAGAUGCCUACAGUGGCAUGUCUAGUGAUAAUAUAAAGGGUUUGGUUUUAGCAUUGUCUUCAAGUUUGUUCAUUGGUUCUAGUUUCAUCGUUAAGAAAAAGGGUCUCAAGAAAGCAGGUGUUUCUGGGAUUAGGGCAGGAAGUGGAGGAUAUUCUUACUUAUACGAGCCUCUAUGGUGGGUAGGCAUGAUAACAAUGGUCGUCGGGGAGGUUGCAAACUUUGCCGCCUAUGCAUUUGCACCAGCUAUUCUGGUUACUCCUCUCGGGGCACUCAGCAUUAUAAUCAGCGCGGUACUUGCACAUAUCAUUUUACGUGAAAAAUUACAUAUUUUUGGGGUUCUUGGCUGUGCCCUUUGUGUUGUGGGGUCCACAACAAUCGUUCUACAUGCUCCACAGGAACGUGCAAUUGAAUCAGUUACAGAAGUAUGGGAUCUUGCUACAGAACCAGCUUUUGUUCUGUACGGAGUGCUUGUGUUAGUAGCUGUUUUUAUACUUGUGGUACAUUAUAUCCCCUUAUAUGGUCAGACACACGUAAUGUGCUACAUUGGAGUUUGUUCAUUAGUAGGUUCUUUGUCGGUGAUGAGUGUGAAAGGUCUUGGUAUUGCUUUGAAGCUUACGUUUUCAGGAACGAAUCAAUUAGUUUAUCCUCAAACAUGGGCUUUUACCUUCUUUGUUCUUCUUUGUGUCAUUACUCAAAUGAAUUAUUUGAACAAGGCGCUUGACACUUUCAACACAGCGGUCGUCUCUCCCAUAUAUUACGUUAUGUUCACAACUCUUACUAUCAUAGCAAGUGUGAUCAUGUUCAAGGAUUGGGACGGCCAAAAUCCUACACAAAUUGUAACAGAACUUUGUGGGUUUGUGACGAUACUUUCUGGAACUUUUCUUCUUCAUAAGACCAAAGACAUGGUAGAUGGUUCAACGCGACUUCCAAAACAUAUGGAUGAGGAAGAAGGCAUCCCUUUGAGACGACACGAUUCUAGUAAUAUGAGGGUACAAUAAUGUAUUUGUGUGCUUCCUUUUUUUAGUAUACCACAUUGUAUCUUUACCCUUGGGUUUUUUUCAUCAUGUAGUGGUUGCUUAUGUGAAUUUUGGCCAUGUAAGUUAAUAAUAACAGGUAUACAAAAUCCAGCGUAUCGUUUCUAUA